CUGCAGGUCCACCCAUGGAUCCACCCGCACCCGUGAUACUCUUACCCGUACGGGUGCGGGUAGGCCUCUGAAGUUCCAUCUACCCGCGGAUUGGGUACGGGUGCCACCCGGGUCCACCCAUGUCACGCCCUAUGUUGGUCAUAAUGCACGUCGUCCUUCUUUUCUUCUGUGUCCGUCACUGGGAACACGAUGUAACUUUCUCUUUCACACCAACAAACAACGAUUUCUGGUCCGUGGUGCUUAGUGCUUCACUACAAGCGUUUUAUACCAUAUACACGGCUGUGCUACUCUUUCUUACCCAACGGCUUGCGAUUUCGAGAACACUCGUACGCCGUGUGAAACUGACUGCAGUCCAUGACAUCUCUGGUGCAUGGGCGGGUCUUGGCUCUGCACUCAGCAGCGUCUGGCGACAAACUGAUGUCCCUGCCUCAUGGUGGACGACUUCCGCUGUGGCAGCCUACCUUGCGAGCAUAACCGUGCUGCAUGUCACCUCUUCCACUCUUCUACAAUUCCAAACCUUCAAUGCUUCUAUGACGACUUCAGUGCCCACAACACAAGGGUGGCUAAACGAUUCAUCGUACAGCUCUUCCACGAACCUGGGACUCAUUACUCUAUCUCUACCAGUUGUCAAUCAGUUGACUGGACUCGUGUCUGCAGGAUUAUCCAACACCACACUCUACGACACUCUCAAAACAAAUGGUAUGACAGGAAAUGCUACUGUGAAUGCAACAACGGUAACCUCGCAUUGCGGAUUGAUUCCAAAUGUGACAUACUCUGCGAAUAAUGGCGAGUUGAUCUUUCCGUUGGGGCCAGAUUCUUAUUUUGUGACUUUUAUGGAUACUCCCCGGCCAGAUCAUAUAUAUAUAAUUCCAGGGUUCAAAAAUGGAUCUUCUGACAGUAUACAAUCGGAGCUCAAUGGUGUCUUUCUUAUGGUCUCCACAUUAUUGGAGAUUGACCCUUCAAUACAAGAUGAGAUCCCUGUAGCCAUAAACAUCACCUCGGCUAUCUAUGGCAAUACUACCACUUAUGUCAUCCAGGUCUUUUUUAUACAAUGCUCGCUGUCAGCCAACACUAUAGAUGGGGUGGUCGACAUACAAACCAACAGUCUACUGAGUCCGACGUCCAUAUUGCAGCCAUCUACACAAUGGGAAAUGAAAAAAUUCGAGUGGUCAAGUACUAAUUGGCAAGCACAGAUCAGCAGUGCUUUGGCUAAGGACAGCAGCGACGAUAUGUCAUUUAAUCCACAAAACGUUGAUUCUGCUGUGGACGAGUAUAUAAUGUCAUUGAUAGGCUUGAAUACCACAGAGGAAUAUACGCAGUACAUGGAUGCUCGUCCGAUUUCUAAUUUCACUUUGAGACCGGAUGAACUAGAAUCUGCGGUUGCGAAAGCAGCUGCACAACUCAUCUGGCUAGCGGGACAAAUGGGUACGGCCAAUGGAGGAAUUGACCCUGGCAAUGGGACGGCCUAUGUCAACGAGGAGUUCAUUUCCCUACGCCUCAAUAUUAACCUUCUUCCUUUGGCUAUCGCGGCGUCUGCAUCGGUGAUCAUGCUGGGACUGGCGCUACGUAUGACAAGAGCAUUCAAGACAUCGCACGACAGUCAGGCUGUUAUCCCAAACAUAGGUGUGCUGCAACUCUUAUGGUUGGGUCAUCGUUCAGCCUCUAUCAACGAAGUCCUGGAAGAUGUGCAACAUCCGACAGAGGCUAAUCUGCGGCGAGCAGGCAUGAUAGAUGUUUGUUUUUCGAAUACAAUGCCCGACGAAGGAGAAUUUGGGAGCUCAACUGCUAGCGAUAGUCUCUAUGUUGACUACCGUCGUGAUGAGGAGAUGUGAUUUCAAUUUGAAAAUAGCGGGCUGCUGUUCAUUUAUACUAUGUGUUUUGUGUUUCUCUGCUCUCUGGUGCGGAGGUCCGUAUUAUGGUUGUUUUUGUUUUUGGUAUCGUUUCUCAAUUCAGAUGCUCUCUUCAAUGACGAUUACUAGGUGUGUCGCAGAUAUCAUUAUCAUAUGGAUGACGCUGGCUUGCUU